CCUUCAGCUUUUAAGACCUAAAAAGUCUUAAAGAAUGUGGGAGUGGGGCUUUCUUCAUCAACUUUUGUUUGACUCAACUUUAUAACAUUUUAUGGAAAUUUAAAUUUCUAUCAAUUUAAUGCAUUUUGUUGAAGAAACUUACUUGCGCUUCAUGUAUUUUUUGUGUUUUAGCUAAAGCUUACUCUAUAUAUUUGGAGUUGUGAGCCAUGGCAAUUGCAACCAUGACUACUCCUCUUCCAAUCUCCUUAUUCCCUUGUCUUCUUCUCAUUCCCGCUCUCUGUUUUUCCAUUUGUCAUGCCAAUUCCAACCUACUUUGCAUUCAAAGUGAGAGAGAAGCUCUUUUGAAAUUCAAGAAUCAUCUUAUUGAUCCUUCAAACAGGUUAUCUUCAUGGGUUGAAGGAGGGGAUUGCUGUAAAUGGAUUGGUAUCGUCUGCCAUAACUCAACAGGCUACGUCAACCAACUGCACUUGGCUGCUCCUCCUCUUUCAGAGCCUGAUUUUGACGCAACACCAACUGAAUGGGAAGCUUACGAGCGGUCAAAACUACGAGGCAAAAUAAAUCCUUCACUGCUGGAGUUAAAGCAUCUCAGUUCCCUGGACUUGAGCAGUAACAAUUUUAGCAGCAUACAUAUUCCGAAAAUUUUCGGUUUGCUGGAGAGUUUAACUUAUCUUAACCUCUCUUAUGCCCAAUUUCAGGGAGCAAUUCCUCAUAACCUUGGGAAUCUCUCAAAGUUGCAGUAUCUUGAUCUUGGAGGUAAUGAUCUCAAAUCAAAAAGUCUUCAAUGGGUUUCUGGACUUUCUUCCUUGCAGUACCUUGAUUUGAGUGGUGCGGAUCUUUCUAACGCAACUGAUUGGGUACAGGUGACAUUCAAACUUCCUUCUUUGUUAGAGUUGCACUUGUCAGGUUGUAGGUUAGAAGAUGACCCAUCUUUCAUCAGUGUCAAUUCUACAAAAUCACUGGUUGUUCUUGAUCUUUCUUGGAACCGCUUUUCUUCAGUACCUAAGUCGAUAUUUAGUCUUCAUGGUCUUGUGUCCAUUGAUCUUAGUGAGAAUUCUUUGGAAGGCCCAAUUCCAGAUUACUUUGGGAACAUCUCGUUUCUUGAAGUUCUUGAUUUCACUAAUUGGAAUCAUCUCAAUUCGUCCAUACCCAAUUCCUUGUAUAGUUUAAACCGUCUUCAGUUCCUUAGUCUUAGUGGUAACCAGUUACAAGGAACAAUCUCAAGUGCCAUUGGAAACUUGAGCUCUGCUACCUACCUUGAUCUUUCAGAAAAUCAACUAAACGGCCAAAUUCCCUUGUCUAUAGGGCAGUUAUCAUCUUUGGAGUUGUUUGAUGUUUCAGAAAAUCAAUUAAAUGGUCAAAUUCCAUUGUCGAUAGGGGAGUUAUCAUCUUUGGAGUUAUUUGAUGUUUCAGAAAAUCAAUUAAAUGGUACUUUUCCAUUGUCUAUAGGGGAGUUAUCAUCUUUGGAGUAUCUGGGUUUUGGGUAUAAUCUAUUAGAAGGAGUUGUAUUAGAAACCCAUUUUUCUAAUCUCACGAGAUUGACAACUCUAGCAGCAUCACAAAAUCGGCUUAGAUUUGAACCAAACUCAAGCUGGAUUCCCCCAUUUCAAUGUGAAAGGAUCGAAUUGGGUCACUGGCAUCUUGGCCCAAAGUUUCCCCAGUGGCUAAAAUUCCAAAAGAAAUUGUCUUAUUUGGAUAUCUCCAAUGCAGGAAUUUCAGAUGUCAUGCCCACUUGGUUUUUGAACCUUCCCACUCAAUUUGAAUAUUUAAAUCUUUCCUCUAAUCAACUUCCAGGAGAGAUUUCAUAUUUGAAUGUGAGCAACUUUGUUGAUUUGAGUUCAAACCGAUUCAUUGGCCCAUUGCCAAGAGUACUCCCAACUUUACAAUUUCUAAUUUUAUCAAAUAAUUCAUUUUCGGGAUCUCUUUUUGAAUUACUUUGUAAUUCAUCAAGUAGAAAACGGAUGGAAGUUCUUUACAUUGAUAAAAAUCUUAUCUCAGGAGAUAUUCCAGAUUGUUGGAGUCAUCGCCAGGAUUUGAAAAUUUUAAAUUUGGGAAGCAACAAAUUGACCGGCGAAAUCCCACCUUCUUUAUGGCGUCUAAAUCUUACAAUGCUAAACCUUCGAAACAAUACAAUGUUUGGAGAAUUGCCAUCCACAUUGCAAAAUUCUCCAUACUUGAUUAUGUUGGAUCUUAGUAAAAAUCAUUUCAGUGGAAGUGUACCAGCAUGGAUUGGUGAUAAGCUCUCAAACCUUGUGAUUCUAAGCCUUCGAUCAAAUAACUUUGAUGGCCAUAUUCCUCAUAAAAUUUGUGAUCUUCAAUUUCUUCAAAACUUGGACCUUGCCAACAACAACAUUUCUGGAGUUAUUCCAAAAUGUUUUAAUAAUUUAAGUGCAAUGGCCACAACAAACAAAACCAAUAAUUUUGUUUUUGCGAAGGAUGUAGAUUUUUACUUAUUUUUUUUGAACGCAUUUCUGAUGUUGAAAGGACGAGAGGAUGAAUAUGGUAGCACACUAGGACUUGUUACCAGCAUGGACCUUUCAGCUAACACUCUCACAGGAGAGAUCCCCAAAGAAAUUGGUAGUCUCGUUGGACUAUUGUCUUUAAACUUUUCAGGGAAUCUCCUAACAGGAAAUAUACCAGACAGCAUUGGCAACAUGGAGUUAAUGGAGUCUCUUGAUUUGUCCAUGAAUCGACUAAAUGGUGAAAUCCCUCCAAGUUUCUCCAAUUUGAAUUUCUUGAAUCACUUCAAUGUAUCCUACAACAACUUGAGAGGACAAAUCCCAACAAGCACUCAGCUUCAAAGCUUUGACAACUUGUCUUACGUGGGCAAUCAUCUUUGGGGACCUCCUCUCACUAAGAACUGCACCUCAAAAGGUAUUCCAACUGACGUUGCAAAUAAUGGAAGUAGCAGUGAAGGAAGUAAAGUGAAUUCGCUUUAUGUCAGCAUAGCUCUUGGCUUUGUAAUGGGAUUUUGGGGUGUAGUGGCUCCCUUGUUUUUCAUCAGGUCUUGGAGUAUUGCAUACUAUCGAAAGUUGGACCAUAUCUGUGGUAAACUGUAUGUGUUUUGGGCUACUAUGGGUAUGUAGUUUGAUAGGAAAAAAGCAUGUAUAAUUGAUGCAUCUGAUCUAGGUGUGCUGCUACAUGAUUGUUUGAUGCUAAAAGAUUAGUUUUUGUGUCUGUCUACUCGCAUGGUGUUCUAACAAGGCGGCCCACUCGUUGGCAUAAGCGGCUUUGUCAUAUGUAAACCAUAUAGAAUGGGGUGGUUUUUUUCCUUGCGUCUUUUUUGAAGAUUGUUGAAAUUAUAUCUUAUGUUGAUACGAAUGCGGAUUACAGACAAUAAGUUUGGGUGUAUGGGGUGAGUCUGUUGGCUUGGGUUUAGUAGUCCGUCUCCUCUUUGUGUUCACUUUUAUUUUUUUAUUUUCUCAUUAAUGAAUUUAUUCUCUAAAAAAGUAGUAAUUUUAGACACAUAUAAAA